CUAAAACUUGCCCGAAACGAAAGAGCCAAAGUUCAAGAAGUUGUAAUGUAGAGGAUGAUGAUUCAAGCGCAUUGUUGGUUGACAUAAGGCAUAUGGAAUUAGCAAGGAAAACGGCGAAUGACAUUGAAA